AUGGCGGCCGGAGAAGAGAGCACAGGAGGAUGGUUACGUUCGACAUUGAUGUGGGCAGUGGUGGAUGCUGGCACGAAGACGGAGGGAGGGCAUUCUCUCGCCGGACGACGCCAGUUGAACGCCAAGGUCCAAGGGGCCGUGGCGGUGUAUAGGGAUGUUAUGGAUACAGCAGCCGAGAAGAAGCCGUUGAAUAGCAGCCCUGGUUCCGUUAAGACCGAAGCGAGCUCACAGAACACCCAGAAACCCAUCAACAGCGUCACGUAG